UGAACCCUCCUCCUCUCUCCUCCAUCCACAGGGGGCUCCACCAGCGGUCAAGCCCCGCACCACCACACCCACCCACACACCCCCCUCCGAUUCCACCUCCGUCGCCUGCCACCGCCCGCGCGUCUCGUGGCCGCGGCGCGACUCCCUAAACCCCGCGAGAGCCCGAGGGUACAUGCGAGAAGGACCGCCCCGCCCUCGCGCCGCGCCCGCGCCCGCGCCCGGGGUGUGAUGGGCAACACGUGCGGCGUCACGCUGAGAUCCAAGUACUUCGCCAGCUUCCGCGGCGGCGCGUCGCAGCGGCACGACGCGGCGGGGUACGCCCCCGUCGCCACCGCCGCCGAUGAUCCCGCGCCGCACGGGAACGGGAAGCGGACCGCGCGCCCGGCCGAGGCGGGGGCGGCGGCGGACGGGUCCGCCCCGCCCCCCGCCCCGGGCAUGCGGCGAGGGGCGCCGGCCCCCGCGGAGCUCACGGCCAACGUGCUCGGCCACCCGACGCCGAGCCUCCGCGACCACUACGCGCUGGGCCGCAAGCUCGGGCAGGGGCAGUUCGGCACCACCUACCUCUGCACGGACCUCGCCACGGGCGUCGACUACGCCUGCAAGUCCAUCGCCAAGCGCAAGCUCAUCACCAAGGAGGAUGUCGAGGAUGUGCGCCGCGAGAUCCAGAUUAUGCACCACCUGGCCGGCCACCGGAACGUCGUCGCCAUCAAGGGCGCUUACGAGGACCAGCAGUACGUCCACAUCGUCAUGGAGCUCUGCGCGGGAGGGGAGCUGUUCGACCGUAUCAUUCAGCGCGGGCAUUACAGCGAGCGCAAGGCCGCGGAGCUCACGCGCAUCAUCGUCGGGGUCGUCGAGGCGUGCCACUCGCUCGGGGUCAUGCACAGGGAUCUAAAGCCCGAGAACUUCUUGCUGGCCAACAAGGAUGACGAUAUGUCGCUCAAGGCUAUCGACUUCGGCCUCUCAGUGUUCUUCAAACCUGGUCAAAUUUUUACCGAUGUCGUGGGAAGCCCUUACUAUGUAGCUCCAGAGGUGCUGCGCAAACGCUAUGGACCAGAAGCUGAUGUGUGGACAGCUGGAGUAAUUCUUUACAUACUGCUAAGUGGUGUACCACCAUUUUGGGCAGAGACUCAGCAAGGAAUAUUUGAUGCUGUCUUAAAAGGUGUCAUUGAUUUCGAUUCGGAUCCCUGGCCUGUGAUCUCUGAGAGUGCGAAGGAUCUUAUAAGAAGAAUGUUGAAUCCUCGCCCAGCAGAGCGCCUGACAGCACACGAAGUUCUAUGUCAUCCAUGGAUUUGUGACCAUGGAGUUGCUCCUGAUCGGCCUCUUGAUCCAGCUGUCCUUUCUCGCAUUAAGCAGUUUUCAGCAAUGAAUAAGUUGAAGAAGAUGGCUUUGCAGGUAAUUGCUGAGAGCCUUUCAGAGGAAGAGAUUGCAGGGCUGAAGGAAAUGUUCACGGCAAUGGACACAGAUAAUAGCGGUGCAAUUACAUAUGAUGAACUGAAAGAAGGAUUGAGAAAAUAUGGUUCCACACUAAAGGAUACUGAAAUUCGUGACCUCAUGGAGGCGGCGGAUAUAGACAACAGUGGGACGAUUGAUUAUAUAGAAUUCAUUGCUGCUACAUUGCACCUCAAUAAGCUGGAGCGUGAGGAACAUCUAGUUGCAGCCUUUUCAUAUUUUGACAAGGAUGGCAGUGGUUACAUUACAGUGGAUGAGCUCCAGCAAGCUUGCAAAGAGCAUAACAUGCCAGCUGCUUUUCUUGAUGACGUCAUUAAAGAAGCUGACCAGGAUAAUGAUGGUCGCAUUGAUUAUGGAGAAUUUGUUGCCAUGAUGACAAAGGGCAAUAUGGGAGUUGGGAGAAGAACAAUGAGAAACAGCUUGAACAUAAGCAUGAGAGACGCCCCUGCUGCUCUCUGAAGUCGCAUCCAAGAGGUACAGCCAUACAGGCUGCGGAGAGCUGCUCCCAAUCCCUUCCUCCACGGACUCUGCCUACAAUUUUUUUUUGUUUGCUAUUUGUUGUAGCAUUGUAGGUGUGCGUUUCAGUAAUUCAGGGUACCGUAGGGUACCUCCUGUUAUUACCUCAGUGGAAUGUGUGAAAAAUUUAUCAUGCUUAGUUGGGUUGCAACUGUUCAUAUUAAGUCGUUGCCCUUCCACUAA